CGUGCCCGCAUCGUCAUCACCCUUUAAAGUGGUUGCCAGGACCGUUUUAGAAGAACAUAUACCCAGAAACAUGGACACUUCCCCCGCCCUUGUCGCAUUAGAAGAGAAGUUACAGAGCUUGAAGGACCUCCACAACCGUCUGCAGGCUAUCCGUGUCGUGCCUACGUUCAACCCCUUCCUCAGAGCUCCUGCAAUCGGUCUGCAUCUGUCAUCGAUAACUGAGCCACUCGAAGGAACAGUGGGGGGCCUGAAAGAAGUGGGGGAGUUUCUCAAAUCAGAAAAGGUCCAGGAUGCGCUGAAGGCAGCCAGUGAAAGCGAGAAGGCAGACAAGAGUGAUCUGACCAUGAGCUGGAGACGUGAAAACAGAAAACGCCGGUACGUCCGAAGUCCUUUUGUUCUCUAAAUUAGACGAGGCUCUGAGGCGUGGCGUAGCCGCGCGCCUUCUCCAGAAUCGC